AUAAGCCCUGGAACAACGUUAUAUUAUGCUCUCAUCCUUAUGGUAUUGGAUUUUGAGGCCCACAUUCUACGGGUCUUAUUCUUAUGGAAAACUCUCAUACAGAUUUUUUGUGGUGGGAAUCUGCAGUUCCCGGAUCUCAAAUCAUUCAAAUUCAAGUCUGCGUUCAGAACACCUCCAAAUCCGACCUGGAACCUAAGGACUCGAAUCCUGAUCCAUGGACUUUCCGCAUCAAUACUCGACCAUGCGGUCUACUUCGAGCCUGUCAUACUUCACGCAAAGUCUGGAUGAGAACGCAUCAUUCGAGCAUUCCCCUUCAGAACGACCAAAAAUUGUUUUUCGAUGCCGAAUGCGAUAUAAUCUAUCUCAUUAAUCUUACCGAUAUUCCCUUCGGUAAAAUAGAUAGGUUUCGAAUCUGCCCACUGUUCAGUCCUCCGAUUGUAGCGCCCAGAUCGCGGGAGAGAUUCUCUGCAGUCAAGAAGUUAGCCAUUCCUCUGCUUCAGUACUUGGACUUAUUCAGCAAUUGCGACAUGUUCGAAUUCCUUCAUAACUUCAAGUCACUUGAUACCCUACAUUUCAUCCUCCCUUCUCAAGGACAAAGCCAAGAUUCCCUAUUCAACAACGAAGGAUUGCGGUUUGAAUCACGCGCAGGUGCAGAAGCAGUAUUGGGAACCAAAAUCAAAGAGAAGGCUUACCAGAAAUGGUCGGAUGCACACCUGGCGUAUUUGGCCGAUUACAAAAAGCGAUUUCAAGUCGAUUGGAAUCUUCCAAAGAUAGAGCCGAUGUACGGGGUCGCAAGGACGUAGAAGUGGUGAGGUGAAGGACUUUGCAUAUGGCGGCGGCUGCCAGCGGGCAAGCUAGACCAUGGUGAAGUACAUCAAGGAGCAAAUGCUUUGUUUAUGUUCUGUCCAAGUCACUGGAAGCUGUUGGUCCGAUACUGGCCAGACGAGGGAAUCAUCAAAGAAAACCUUGUUACACAACUAAGGUCUUUCACAAAGCCACUUUUGCCACUAAGCAACACUUAGCUUUCACAUACCACUUCACCAAAAUCAACUUUGCAGGGCUGGAUUCUUUUUCUUCACAUCCGCUGUGGGCAUGGCCUUUUCACUCUAGCAGAAAGUAAUGCAUUCCUGAAUAAAACUCUGUGCCAC